AUGAAUUCAGUAACUUAUCUUUUAUUUUCCCAGAUCUGGUCCUGUGGGCGUCAGUAUCACACAGUGAUCACAGUUCACACCUGCAGUGAAGCCCCUCCCACAACAAUUCACCAAUAAAUACUGGGAAUAUUCCCAUCAUCCUACAAGAGAAGGACAAACUCCAGGAGUAGCAGCUGAAAUCUGUGUGACUGUUAAAGAUGGAGUUUAUUAAAAAGGAGAUUGAAGACAUGACUGAUCCAGAACCAUCCAGAAUAAAACAUGAAGAUACUGAGGAACAAAUAGAUCGAAUGGAAGUGAAAGAGGAAAGACAAGAACUGGAGGAAAUUAAGGAGGAACAUCAUGACUUUAAAAUUCAAGAAACAAAAGCCAAAAAGCUGCACACCUGCACUCAGUGUGGAAAGAGCUUCAGUCUAAAAGUAAACCUUAACACACACAUGAGAAUUCACACUGGAGAGAAACCAUAUCCAUGCACUCAGUGUGGAAAGAGCUUCAGUCUAAAAGUAAACCUUAACACACACAUGAGAAUUCACACUGGAGAGAAACCGUAUCCAUGCACUCAGUGUGGAAAGAGUUUCAGCAAAAAAGUAAACCUUAACACACACAUGAGAAUUCACACUGGAGAGAAACCAUAUCCAUGCACUCAGUGUGGAAAGAGUUUCAGAAAAAAAGGAGACCUUAACAUACACAUUAGAAUUCACACUGGAGAAAAACCGUAUCCAUGCACUCAGUGUGGAAAGAGUUUCAGCAAAAAAGGAGACCUUAACACACACAUGAGAAUUCACACUGGAGAGAAACCGUAUCCAUGCACUCAGUGUGGAAAGAUUUUCAGCAAAAUAGGAAACCUUAACAUACACAUCAGAAUUCACACUGGAGAAAAACCGUAUCCAUGCACUCAGUGUGGAAAGAGUUUCAGAAAAAAAGGAGACCUUAACACACACAUGAGAAUUCACACUGAAGAGAAACCGUAUCCAUGCACUCAGUGUGGAAAGAUUUUCAGCAAAAUAGGAAACCUUAACAUACACAUCAGAAUUCACACUGGAGAGAAACCGCAUCCAUGCACUCAGUGUGAAAAGAGUUUUUCUCAAGCAUCAAAUCUCAAACUGCACCAAAGAAUUCAUACUGGAGAAAAACCUUACAAGUGUUCAUAUUGUAACAAGAGUUUCGCUCAUUCUGGAAACCUGAAAGAACACGAGCGAGUUCAUACUGGACAGAAGCCGCACUACUGUAGUCAGUGUGAGAAGAGUUUUUCUCAAGCAUCAUCUCUCAGUCAUCAUCUGCGUAUUCACUCUGGAGAAAAACCAUUUCACUGUGAUCAGUGUGGUAAAGAUUUUAUUUCAUCAUCACAACUAAAAAAACACCUGAAAGUUCAUUCACAUGAGAAGCCUUAUGUGUGUUCUCUCUGUGGAAAGAGUUUUUCACGACUGAACAGUUUUAAAGUGCACCAGAAAACACAUAAUGAAGUGAGAGAUAAUGUGUGUUGUGACUGUGGGAAGAGCUUUACUAGAGCUGACAAUCUGAAACAGCACCAAAGAAUUCAUACGGGAGAAAAACAUCACAAGUGCUCAUACUGUGACAAGAGAUUCGCUCGGUUUGGAAACCUGAAAUCACAUGAGCGAGUUCAUACUGGAGAGAAGUCGUAACAC